AAGCUGAUGAACCUGACAAAGUGAAAGAAGCUGAUGAAGCGGAAGAAGCCGACAAAGCAGAAGAAGCCAACGAAGUGGAAGAAGCCAGAGAAACAAGAAGCAGCAGGAAAAAGCAGAUGUAUAAGAAGCAGAAAAAGUGGAAGGAGCGGUGGAAGCAGAAAGG